AUGAUUCCUCGAGAGCACGCCAUCGCCCCUGUCAUUAUUUCCACAGAUAAAACGCAACUCACACAGUUCUCCGGUAACAAAGCGGCGUACCCGGUGUACCUCACCCUGGGCAACAUACCUAGAGUGAUCCGCCGCAAACCGACCGAACACGCCUGUAUCCUCCUGGGAUAUCUGCCUGUCACCAAAAUUGGCAAGGCGCAGCUCGGCAAGCGUGAACGGAAAGCGAGGGGCCAGAGACUCUUUCACGCGGCAAUGCGUAUCAUUCUGCAACCUCUUGUGCAAGCCGGCUUGGACGGCAUCGAGGUCACCGGCGGUGACGGCUCCGUCCGCCACGUUCACCCCAUCCUCGCUUCGUACGUCGCAGACUACCCUGAGCAGUGUCUGGUAACCUGUUCGAAGUACGGUACGUGCCCGAAGUGCCUAUGCCCUGCAGACAAGUUGCAAGACGAUGUCGCCAAGGAACCACGAACCCCCGAGGAGACGGAACGCAUCAUCCGGGAGGCACGAGAAGGAAACACCGCCGCCGCCGCCGACGCCCUGUGUAUGGAACAGGAGGUCUGCGGCGGUGUGAAGACGCCGUUCUGGAUGGACCUGCCGUACACUGAUAUCCACAUGUCCAUCACCCCGGACGUGUUGCAUCAGCUGUACCAGGGGGUGUUCAAGCACCUGGUCUCGUGGUGCCAGGACCUUCUCAGCCCUGAGGAACUAGACAACCGUCUCCGGUGUCUACCAGGCGCUUACGGCAUCCGGCACUUCAAAAACGGGAUCUCGUCGCUGGCCCAGGUGUCGGGCAAGGAAAGAAAAGAGAUGGCCCGCGUACUCCUUGCUUGUCUUGUGGGAAAGAUACCCAAGGGCGUCAUGCUCACCUUCCGUUCCAUCCUAGACUUCAUCUAUCUCGCGCAGUACCCGACUCACGACGACACCACUCUAGGGUAUAUGACCGACGCUCUGAAGACGUACCACAAGAAUAAAGACGUCUUGAUCAAGCUUGGAAUCCGCGACAACUUGAACAUCCCGAAAUUUCACUCACUCCUGCAUUACGCCGACUCCAUCCGUCAGUUCGGAACCACGGACAACUACAACACGGAGAUGUUCGAACGUCUCCACAUCGACUUCGCCAAAAAGGCAUGGCGCGCCUCGAAUCACCGGGACGAGUUCCCUCAAAUGAUGAAAUGGAUCACACGGCGAGAGAAGAUGGCGGCAUACGAGGCCUUUCAAAAGGAGUGCCAGGCGGAGGAGGUAGCUGAGGACUUGGACGGUGAGCCUGAGGAAGCCGCCUGUCAUCCAGAAGAGGUCGUCGACGUUGGGAACGCCAUCAAGAUAGCUAAGUAUCCUCCAGCCCCUCAGCAAAAUCUGGCUCGUAUCCAGGAGCAGCACAAAGCUCCUGGAUUCUCAAAUGCCUUGGUCGCCUUCAUCAACGACAUACAGCCACCGGAACUUCGCCUGGGUCGAACAGAUAUCGCACUAACGUGGCUACCGUUCGACCGAGUGGACGUGUUCCAUAAAUUCCGCUUCAGUCCGUUCUCACUGUCGGACGGUAAGGUGGAGGAAGAUGCUGUAAAGGCCAUUCCGGGAUCCGUUGUUAAAGGCCGGAAAGCACGCUAUGACACCGUGAUUGUCCUCGAGAAUGGGGAGGCGGAGUCCACAGGUGUUAGAGGUACAAGAGCCGGGAGAGUAAAGGUUAUAUUCAAGCUGCCUGAGAAGCUCCCGGCUCGCCAAGGCGGCGGACCUUCACCCGCAUGGUGGCCCAAAGAACCACUUGCGUACGUCGAGUGGUACACAAGAUUCGCAGGUGCCGCCGAUCCCGUUCACCUCAUGUACACGCUAAAUCGACCACCGCUAAGAUCUGACGGGCUCCCUCCGGGCAACAUCAUUCCCCUCUCACACAUACCCACGCGCAGCGUGGAGCAAGGGAAUAAGAGGGCUCGGAUGCAAGCUCUGGUAGCGGUGGACUCGCUGGAUCCUCCAGCCACGCUGAGCGGAUGGGUUCUCUUGGGGUCGAUACUGGAGAGUCACGUCGGAGUUUUCAUACCGAGGUGUUUGCAGGGGCCGUCCGUGAAAGUUGUUGUGGAAACUCUGGUGUUUGCUUUGGAUGCAUAUCCUCCUUUGUCGCUCCCUCUAAUAUGGGAGAUACACGGGGAUGAAAUAGAAAUCUCGCUCAGUCAACCCGUCAUGAUACAGCUCUUCCGCGGGCUAAACGUGUGGAAGAGCCAUCGGGGACCACUCGGAAUGACUUUCGAUUUCUUCCACGUCCCCGCCAACAAGUUCAUCCCUGCGUGUCUGCGUCCCCAAGUACCCUUUCGCCUCGCCUUCCCUCUCCAGUACACGCCUGUCUUCAAAGACUCAGCGGUAUCUAUCACCGUGCAUGCCGACAAAUACGCUGGUGGCCAGAGGCCUAUGCCUCCCAUGUGCUCCAUGAAGGCCGAAUUCUUGGACUUCGACUUUGUCUGUCCUGUGGACUUGCCGCAGCCCCGCAAAUGUCUUAAGGCCAAGUGGAGAAUCGAGCACCGUGGCAGCCCCCAAGGAACUGUUGCGGUGCGACCUCUCAUGGGCGAAGACGGGUGUACAGUGGAGAACCUCGUGACGCUCGACCCAGACCCGGACUUGGACUCGGACUUGAAUUCGGACAGAUCAGAGGCGGUAAAUGGUGUGGUUGCAACGGCUGUUGCUUAUGGCGUAGAGGAACUGGACGCAGUGGAGAUCUGGGAGAUUCUCCCAGGAGGCAAGGAGAUCCCAUACGUCGAGGGCGAGAGGGCCGCUGAGGAGUUUCAGCGUUCGGAGGUGGAGGUCUGGGAGAUCAGGCCCAACGGCUUUCUUGUUCCCUGUAUUUAUCUCUUUCAACUGCUUGGGUUUGCUCAAAUUCGCUUUUACCUGUGUUGCUCGCCACUUCCCCUCCCAUUCUUCACUAUGGCUGGCAUCUACAUCGAUCGGAGAGUCCUCCCCAUCAUUGCUACCCACAGAGCUCCUACCAUCAGCUCCGUGGAGUACUUUGGAGCCACCCAGCUAUGCCCCUUCAAGACCGGUCUAGCUCACAUUACCGUCAUGUGCCUGGACAGGGCACACAUAGGAGAAUUAUAUGACUAUUGUUCGAUGUACGGACCGGACGCUUGCACCAUGCACCAGACCGAUCAUGUCAUGCAGCCGACGGAUGAGGAGCGGCGCCUCAUUCUCGAGGACGUCGACGCAACGAGGCAGACGGACGACCCGAUUAGGCUGGGAGGGUGGGUGUUUCUGGGGGCGGUCGCGCAGUUCUACGCCGACCAGGUGCGAGUCCCCCCUCUGUUGCGGGUGCGUGAGGAUGGACAGCUACCGAGGGUUGCGGUAGUGGAGACAUUGUUCUUCAUAAAGAACGCCUCUUCGCCCAUCAGCAUCCCACUCCUCUGCGAGAUAGGCCCGUUCGGGCUGCAGAUCGAAAUACCCGGUCCAGCCCACCAACCGCUCAUGCAGCAGGUGUUUCCGGGCCUAAAUCCGUGGAAGGAUUCGGAGGAACGCCACAGCUCCUUGGGCGUGACCGGAUUCGACCUCUACGAUGUCGACCAGGAGACGUUCUACCUGACGAUCUUGAGAGGGAACGUCCCCAUACGCUUCAAUUUGCCCCUCCAGCAGAUGCCAAUCUUCAAGCUCUCCCAUGUGGGCACGACGCCCAAGGUUUACAGCUACGCCCACGGUAUCUACCCUGACAUCAAACCGCUGUGCUCCAUGAAGCGUCAGUUCAUGGACCUGGAGUACGUCUGGCCCCAGCUUCCCCUUCCACGCGCGUACAUGGAGGCGCAAUGGAGUGUCGUUAAUGCCGGACCCCUCGGAAUCGUGGCCCAGCGCCCUGCCUUGGACGAACCCGGCUGCACGGUCGUAGUACCUCAGAAUUGGCCGGUGGCGGAUGAUCACGCUGACGAGAACAGCGGCAGCAAUGAUGCGGGGGAGGAAGCGAUGGAGACGGACGAUCCAAUGGGAUACUUUGACUGGAACGACGAGGGGUUCAAGUUCAUUGGGCAAGAGGAUUUCUAG